AUGGAAGAAAAGAAAAGUAGGUUGGUUAAAUGGAAAGAUGAUGAUGGUUUUUGGAGCAACCAGAUAAAGACAAGAGGGAAAAUCAACUUGCAGAUCAUAAAAACCCAGUAUUUGGAAGAAAGCAGUACCUGGACUUGGGUUGAUAGGGUGAGGCUGGUCUAUCUUUGCGUUGUUAUGGGUGUGGUAAUGGGGAGAGAUGAGAAGGUGAAUUUCCCACUUCUUUACAUGAAGUUGGCAAUGGAUUUGGACAAGUUUCGGAACUACCCAUGGGGUUUGUAUUCGUUCAAUUUUCUGUUGAAGCAGAUUGAUAAAACAAAGGCUAAAUUGGAGAAUAAGGAGGGGUACCUGAUGGAAGGAUUUUUGGUUGGUUUCCAGAUUUGGAUAAUGGAAGCUAUUCCUGCUUUAGGAGAGAUUUGUGGUACAAAAGUCAGCGACAAUUACACAGGUCCUUUGUGUGGUAAUUGGAAAGGAUGUGCAAAAUGUUCUUAUGAAGAUAUCAUUGGUGUUGAGACUUUAUUUCCAGAGAAUGGAAUUAUGCAUUCACUCAUAGAAUUCCAAGGAGAUGGAAAGGUCUUUUUGGCAACAGAUUUUGUAAGAAAAGAUGAGAAGAAAGAUGAAAGAGUGGAUCGCAUCCUCGAUAUGAUUGAAAGAAAACAUGAUUGGAGAAGAAACAAAAGAAAGUAUGUGGAUCGAGGAGCAGAGUCAAGGAAGAAGAAGGUCUUGUGUGAACUAGUUGCUUCAUCGAAAGUCAACAUUGAUACAGAUAUGAAAAAGUUUUUGGAGGGUCUACUACAAGCUUCUUUUACUACUUUUGAGAAGAAAAUCAGUAACCAGUUCUCGGAUAUAGUUGACAAGUUUCAGAAAGUGGUAACUGACAGAUUGACGAAAAUUGAGACUGAUAUUACACAGCUCAAGAUAGCUUCGGGUAGAACAGAGCAGUUUGAGACAGAUGUAACUGGCAGAUUGGUGAAGAUUGAGAGUGAAGUUACACAGAUGAGGACAUCUUUACUGAUUACUGAAUUGGCGGGGAAGAGUGAUCAACCAAGCGGUCCUAAAAAGAUAAAAAUCGACACUAUAUCUACCAUGAGCAAAAAAGACACAGCUCCAUCCAAGAAAAAGGGUAUGAAUAAAAAAGAGUUAAAGACUGAUGAUUUGAAUGUUAAGUUACCUAGUGGUAAUUUGACUCAAUCAUCAGCUAGUGAUCUUCAUAUGGAUACAAACGAGUUAUUCAAAAAUUGCAUGAAGAAACUUUCACAAGACACAUUUGUUAAAGAUUUGGAUACAUCUAAGCCUACAAUCGAAGAUUCAUUGGAUUGGUUGGAACUUCCACCAUCAUUGAAGGUAUCAUCACCACGAUUAGAUGACCAAAAGAUAGGGGUAGCAGGCAGCAAAGACCCAGAUAAUUGGUUGGUGUUUGUGCAUCCAGAUAAAUUUGAGAAGAUGACAGAAUGGCAAAAUACACGAACAGCUAUACAGAUUGGUCCUUCAAUAUUAGAUGGAGAAUUAGCCGGACGUGUUAUGUCUGUAAGCACAUGGCUUAAAAACUAUGAGAUCGAUGCUUUAAUGUACAUAUUCCGGGAACGAACAACACUGCAACGAUGGAAAGUGACGGUGUGGGGUGCACUUGCAAAGAUUAGAUGUCCACCUCCUCCUUCCUGCUGCCGCGCUCCGCAGACUUCAGAGCCUGCUGAUAUGACUGAAGACAUUCCUGACAUUACUAGACACAGGGAUGUUGAUGAUGCGGUAGAUGAACUAUCCGACGGAGCAGCAGAUGCAGAGCGAAGUUCACGCCUUCAUAGGAGCAGACGAGCACCAGGACAGAGUAGGAGCGCCAGUCCUGACGACCAUAACUGA